UUGAUUCAGGCUAGAACGGUCGCUUUUCAAAAGACACAACCAUCAACUUGGGCGGGAAAAUCCCUCACUUUCAGAUAGCCAUUUGCUCAAAACUCUUCCCACCGUUGACUCAAGUUCUCUCACUGGCCCAGUGCGAUUCGUCUCCGAGAAGAAUAAUGUCUAAAUUCGAAUACCCUCGUCUCCCUCGGGCCGAAAUCAUCGCAUUUCUGGCCGACGCCCAGAUCGCCGCCAUCUCCGAUGCCGAUCUCGCCAAACCCCACCCGGAUUUCAUCCUGAAUCUCUACACAAAAAUCUUAAUCUACCUCGAUUCUCUCCAGGAAGAUCAUGGGCAAAUCGACUUCGCUGCUUUGGAACGGCUCGAUAACCCUGACCUCCACGUCGACUCGGUCCGGACCAUGAAUCUUUUCAGAAAGAUUAAGGAGGUUCUGGCUGUUGUCGAGUGCCCCAAGAAAUUUUGCCUAAAGGAUCUGAUCAAGCCCGACUCGGAUAGGACAGAGUUGUUCCUUAGUUCUAUUCUCAAUUUCUGUAUUUAUAGAGAGACAAAAAUGAAUCUCCUGAGACCAAUGGUGGAAGAUCUGUCCCUUCUUGAUGAGCAAAGGCAAGAGUUGGAAAGCAGGGUUUCACAGCUGAAUGCGGAGAUUGCUCAGCUCAAUGAAUCAAGAGAACAGGAAUUGCCUCUUGCUCAGGAUGUAGAUGCUAAAGUCAAAGAACUAUGCCAGACCAUUCCAGGCCUUAACAAUCAACAAAUGUCCUUGAAAGCUUCAAUAAGAAAAAUGAAGGAUAAGGCUAAAGAAAUGGAUGAGAAGAUUUCCCAUGCAGAGUUUGCGUUGGUGCAAAGUGUUCAAGAAAAUGCCAGUUUACGCUCUAAAAUUGUACAGUCACCAGAUAAGCUGCAGAGAUCCUUGGAUGAGAAGAAAGUAGCUCGAGUUGAGGCAAAAAAUGCUGAAAGAACAGCAAUGCAAGCUUUUCAGGAGAAGACUGCAAUUCUUGAGGUUUAUACAAAGGCUUGCAAGAAACUGUCCAAGAACCUUUCUCAGAUGCAGGCUAUACAAGAACAGGUGACCUCUGCCAAAGCAAUUGAAAAGGAUGUUAAGGUUUUGAAAGUUAAGCACAGUGAUGAAGGAAUGUUAGACAAGUCACUCGAGGCUAAGCUUGUUGAACGCCAAGGAAAAGUGGAACAGUUGGAUGAAUUAAGAAAGCAAUCAGAAAAGGAAAGAGAUUUCAGGUGUGAGGAGGCCACCAAGGAACUCAACAAUGUGAAGUUGGAAGUGGGAUUGAAGAGGCGCGAUUUAGAGUCGAGGCAGACAAAGGUUGAAGCUGUGGUUGCAGAGGCUGAUAAUAUCAGAAUGAAGAUCAACUCAGUAAAAGAGUCCGGCGCAGCCAAACGACAAGAACUUGGUCGUAAAUGCGAAGAGAUUGUGGGACAGUUCUACGAGUACUCAAACUCCGUUGGAAGGUUGCUGCCGAGGAUUGAAGCAGAGCCUGGACUUCAACAUUGAGGGUCUGAUCUUCCAACCUUCAGCAAGCACAGGGGACUCCAAUGUUCAAAAUCUUGGGUACUUUCGGAUAGGAAAUUGACAGAUCCAUAACCUUUCACAUGCGUGUUCAAUAUGAAAAAUUAUUUUCUUAUCUUGAAAAACUGGAAAAAGUUUUCAAAAUGGUGGGUUUUUCUUUUAUUUUUAAUUAGAUAUGGAAGAAAGAAAGGGGGAGAGGAGAGGAGAUAAUUAAAGAGUAAAAUGGUCAAAUUUAUCCUCCGUAAUAACAUGAGAGGUCUGUGAU